UGGCCGUGUGGAGUCCGGAAGAGGCGUGAGGCCGGAACGUGGCGGCCCCCAUGGCGCUGUGGCGCGGCUCGGCUUACGCGGGCUUCCUGGCGCUGGUGGUGGGCUGCGUGUUCCUGCUGGAGCCUGAGCUGCCGGCGUCGGCGCUGCGCUCGCUCUGGAGCUCGCUGCGGCUGGGUCCGGCGCCGGCGCCCGCCUCCCCCGAGAGCCGGCUGGCAGCCGCCUGGGACGCGCUCAUCGUGCAGCCGGCCCGGCGCUGGCGCCGCGUGGCCGUGGGGGUCAACGCAUGCGUCGACGUGGUGCUCUCGGGGGUGAAGCUGCUGCAGGCCCUUGGUCUGAGUCCUGGGCAUGGCAGAGAUCACGCUGUCUUGCAUUCAAGGAAUGAUCUGGAGGAAGCCUUCGCUCACUUCAUGGGGAAGGGAGCAGCUGCCGAGCGCUUCUUCAGCAACCAGGAGGCCUUUCGGGACAUCGCCCAGGUUGCCUCGGAGCUCCCUGACGCUCAGCACUACGUCGGAGGGAACGCGGCGCUCAUCGGACAGAAAUUCGCAGCCAACACAGAUUUACAGGUCCUCCUUUGUGGUCCAGUUGGUCCCAAGCUGCACGAACUACUUGAUGACAGUGUGUUUGUCCCUCCAGAGUCAUUGCAGGAAUUGGAUGAGUUCCACCUCAUUCUGGAGUAUCAGGCAGGGGAGCAGUGGGGCCAGUCAGAAGCUCCCCACGCCAAUCGCUUCAUCUUCUCUCACGACCUGUCCAACGGGGCCAUGAACAUGCUGGAGGUGUUUGUGUCCAGCCUGGAGGAGUUCCAGCCCGACCUGGUGGUCCUCUCGGGCCUGCACAUGAUGGAGGGACAGAGCAAGGAGCUGCAAACCAAGAGGCUCUUGGAGGUUGUCACCUCCAUUUCUGACAUCCCCAUGGGGGUUCCAGUUCACUUGGAGCUGGCCAGCAUGACCAAUAGGGAGCUCAUGAGCAGUAUCUUGCAGCAGCAGGUCUUCCCUGCGGUGACCUCCCUCGGGCUGAACGAGCAGGAGCUGUUAUUUCUCAGCCAGUCAGCCUCUGGGCCCCACUCCUCCCUCUCCUCAUGGAACGGCGUUCCCGACGUGGGCGUGGUCAGUGAUAUCCUCUUCUGGAUCUUGAAAGAGCACGGGAAGAGCGAGAGCAGACCCUCAGACCUCACCCGCAUCCACUUCCACACGCUGGUCUACCACAUCCUGGCAACGGUGGAUGGGCACUGGGCCAACCAGCUGGCGGCCGUGGCCGCGGGCGCACGUGUGGCCGGGACUCAGGCCUGCGCCACAAAAACCAUCGACGCCCAACAAGUGUCUCUGAAGGCACCCCAGGAGUUUGUGACUUCCCGUUUGGAAGCAGGCUCCAGGAUUGUGUUCAGCCCAAAGGAGCCAGUCGUGACGUGGCACAGGGAGGGGAUAUCGUUUCACUUCACCCCCGUCCUGAUCUGCAAAGACCCUGUUCGCACCGUGGGCCUGGGAGACGCCAUUUCAGCCGAAGGCCUUGUCUAUUCAGAGGUGCUUCCCCGCUCCUAGGAGGCUCCUGCAGGGCGUGCUGAGCAGAGAGGAUCCCAGCAAGGAAGUGCUUUGGAAGAUGGACCAAGGGUGUCAGGACAACCUCCAGACCUGACAUGGGCAACAGCCAAAGAGCAGCAGAUGAGACUGUGCCACACACAUUCCAGCCCGUGGGCGAGUCCACACAUUUCAGUUUUGCAUCCAAAUUCAGUUAGCUCCUAACGGGG